CGCCGUGACCCCUCGUGACCCCGCUCGUCACGAUUCAUCAUCAAGACGGACCGCGUCGUUGUCGUCUUCAUCGUCGUCGUCGUCGUCUUCAAAUCAUCGCCGUCGUCACCGCCUCUGCAGGCAACCGCGCGUAGAGAGAGAGGAGGACGCAGAAGGGCCCUGCUCCGGCCUCCCCACCCGGCGGCUGGCACGAUGCCAGGCGCCCGGCGCAACCCGUCCACAGAAGCGCACGCCGAAAGCACCGAAGCCGCCGCCGCCGCCGUCACGAGCAGCGGCGUCCCCGCGCCGCUGGCGCCGCGACCUCGCGCCGCCGGCACCCGCGCCGCUGCUACCGCGCCUUAUGAUCGUGCUGGCGUGGCUGUUAGUCAGUGAGGCGCUGCCGCUGGUGCUGCGCUUGGCGUGCGCGCUCAUGGGCAACUCGUGCGUUUGCCGCCAGGAGGAGGUGGACGAGCAGGACGAGGGUAGCGGCCGUGACGGGGGCUCUCCGGGGGCCCGUGCCGGUGGCGGUGGGGGUGGUCGGGGGGCCCCUCCCUCCGCCGCCGCCGGCGUCGCCAACGGGGGCGGGGUGACGCGCUCGCGCUCGCGGGACCUGAGCCGCCCGCCGCGUCGCGGCAGGGGGCCCGGCGACCCGCCGCGCAAGAAGCUCAACGUGGACGGCCUCGUGCUGGAGACGCUCAACCUCAUCCGCACGCUCGUGGACAAUGACCAGGAACCCCCGUACUCCAUGAUGGCCCUGCACGAGCUGGCGGAGCAAGAGCCGGGAUGGCUGGAGCUGGUGCAGUCGCUCAUCCGCGUGAUUCCUCUGGACGAUCCCCUGGGCCCUGCCGUCAUCACACUCCUGCUGGACGAGUGCCCUCUCCCCACCAAGGAGUCCCUGCUGCGCCUGUCUGAGAUCCUGCAGCUGGACGAGCAGGUGGCACGCACGGACCUGUCCAACCCGGCGCGCCACCGCAACACCGCCGCCGUGCUCGGCUGCCUCGCUGAGAAGCUCGCCGGUCCCACAAGCAUCGCGCUGCUGUCUCCGGGAACACUCGGCUACCUGCUCGAGAGCCUGAACCUGCAGUCCCAUCCCACGGUGAUGCUCUUCUCUCUCAUCGCGCUGGAGAAAUUCGCUCAAACGACGGAGAACAAGGUGACGGUGGGUCGCUCGCGGAUCUCGGAGCAGCUCAAGGUGCUGGAGGCGUGGGUGAACAGCCCCGAGUUCGCGCGGCGCCAGGUCGGCUUCUGUGCCCAGUGGUGCCUCGACAAUCUCUUCGUGAAGGAGGGGCGGCAGUUCACGUACGAGCAGGUGGACCUGAGUGGGAUCAGCGCGAUGCUCAACAGCAACGACGUGAGCGAGUACCUCAAGAUAUCGCCACACGGCCUCGAGGCGCGGUGCGACGCGUCGUCGUUUGAGAGCGUGCGCUGCACGUUCUGCGUGGACUCGGGCGUGUGGUACUACGAGGUGAUGGUCGUGACGUGCGGCGUCAUGCAGAUCGGCUGGGCAACGAAGAACAGCAAGUUCCUCAACCACGAAGGUUACGGGAUCGGAGAUGACGAAUACUCGUGUGCCUACGACGGGUGCCGUCGCCUCAUCUGGUACAACGCCAAGAGCAAGCCCCACGCACACCCCUGCUGGAAGGAAGGAGACACGGUCGGCUUUCUCCUGGACCUCAACAAGAAGCAAAUGGUGUUCUCCCUCAACGGCACGCCGCUGCCGCCCGAGAAACAAGUCUUCGGAUCGGCAUCGUCGGGGUUCUUUGCGGCCGCGAGCUUCAUGUCCUACCAGCAGUGCGAGUUCAACUUCGGCGCGCAGCCGUUCAAGCACCCGCCCGCCGUGCGCUUCUCCACCUUCAACGAGUGCGCCACGCUCAACAGCCAGGACAAACUCAUCCUGCCCAGGCACAUGAAGCUGGCCCUGCUGCGGCAGCUGAGCAUCAAAGAGAACUCGUGCUCGCUGUGCUGCGACAACAUGGCCGACACGGAGCUCUUGCCGUGCGGACACCGGGACCUGUGCAUGCCGUGCGCCCUGCAGCUCGAGGUGUGCCCGCUGUGCCGCAAGGACAUCAAAAUGCGCAACGCCGUGCAGCCCUGCUCCUCCUAGCGCCUUGCCUGUCCGGUCGGGGUGAGGGCUGGCACUCGUUCGCUCACGACCACCCGCACUGCCGCUCGCCCGAUCACCCAAGCGAGGACCGGCCACUUGGUGCAAGCUUCGCGUGAAGGCUCCCUCGUGUGCCGGGAGGGGUCGGUGCGGAAACGGCUGAGCGAUGCCUGAAGGACUCAACUGAAAGUGGCAGCUCCGGGCCGCCUCGUUUCUCAGUCGGCAUUGGCGCAAGACGGAGCGGCGGGGCGAGGAUGAGGACGCGACACACGGCACGUGGAUGCGGGCGGUCGACGCACGUGGGGCCAGUUUUUCCCCCGGCGAGUUGCGUGGAAUUUAGCGUUUUGUGCGUGCGCCGAGCGGCGGCUUUUCCGGCCGUUGGCCGAUGGGACCCGGCGAUCCGGUGGACCGCGUUGGCGCCCGGCAGGAAUUGAAGCCAACGCAGGUGGCCCGUGUCGCACCGGUAGCCAUCGCUUCCGGUUCCGUGGGACAUUCGUCAAAUACACACAUGAUAUACGUAUAUAUUACAAAAACAAAAACCAGUGCGAUUAUUUUCAAGCGGGUCUGCAACUUGUGGCCACCCGAACAGCUUUCCCUUUAGGACCAAAUUUUCAAACGCCUGCUUCUCUUCCGGGACACAGUGUGACCCCCGGGACCUUAUCCGGAGGGUGCACGAGCACAGAUGACGUUCGAAUGAUGGGCGCGGUGGACUCUUAAUGAAGAAAGCCUUAAGUUGUGACUCCCUCCCCCGGUGGAAGCCCGCGUUCUAAAGAUGUCACUUAUAUUUUUGAUGCAAAUAAGCGGACGAGCGUCGUCACAUCGGUGUCGCAUGUCCUCUCCGUGUCUAUCCGUAUUUUGAGUUUUUGUAAACCUUUCGGCCUCUCGCCCGUGUCUUGCGCAAUCUCUCAAGCGGUUUUCUGUUUUUUUAAACACAUCGUCUGUUCUCACCACUCGCUUGUUGCGUCGAAGAUGUUCACAGCCUCUCCGCGCUCACGCCAAUCUUCUUGUUUCAUUCCAGCCAGUUCCGGCCACCGUUACGCGCCACACAGCCACCAACCGAUGUUUCCAAUUGGCAGAUUCCCCGUUUGCCUUCUCCGAGAAUACAGGGUGCUUCAAAAUGUCUUGACACUUCUGAGAAUUUGCAACCACGCCACAGGAAAUGUGCUGCCUCCGGGCUCUGGAGACCACCUGGAGAAGAUUCCAGGCACGUGUUGACAAUGAUGGCGAACAAGUGGAGACUAUUUGACUUUUUGAAGCUAUUAACAUUACAUUUGUUAUCAUGUUUCAGUGUAUUAUCCGUAAUUUGUUCAUUAAAAACGAUAGUCCCAUAUAAGUGUUAGCAUUUUUCUGAAGCAUCCUGUAUUGCCGCAAGCGUUCACGUCCCAGUUGUGAAACGUCGAAAGAUAAAAAUGACUCGGUUUUAUUUUUCAUGUCGAUACCCAUAAAUUAUCACUUGGCUUGCUUCUUUUGUUUACUUUACACGAACAAAAGGUGAAAAAAUAUAUACCGAAAAACUUUUCAAAAUGUGGUUCACCUUUGUUCAGCGAUCAGGGCAGAUGCUAAACCCGAUUUUGUUUAGCACGCACGCCGGUGCUAGCUGGUGUCGCUCCAAUUUAACCUCUCUAAAAGUUUUGUCUAGAAGGCCUGAAGAGGAUUAUUACGACGCUUGUUUACCCAGGAAGGAAGUCUUGCCAAGUUUUUUCGCAGUGGUGGGGUUGGGGGGGGUGAUGAUUGUUGCGUAUAUUCCCUUUGAGUAAUCUGCAGUGUGAUUGUUUCACAAUUCGGGCAAAAUGUUUGACCGUGACCCCCGCCGGUGGCACGAUGCGGCCCCCGACUCUUGCGAAUUACAUCGCGUGAUGUUUUUCUUUACUGUUGUUAGUCCUACCGUGAAGCGGACGUCACGUAGUAUGUGUUUAGCGUUCAUAAUAACACCGCCCACGGGGUUACGAUCGCUGGAUUGGAGCCGUUAACCGAGUGGUGCGAUGGGGCGGCGAUCGGUGCUUGCCGACACCGGGGCCACGUCCGCCAGCGUCUCCCGAUAUCGGGAAGAAAUGGGCUAAACAACCAGGCCUGAGCCAGCGUGUUUGUCGGUCGCGGAACUACGUUUUUAAAUGUCAGCGAGUAAAAAAAACAUCGACUGUUGGGCGCGUCUCGUCCGCGGUGUGCUUUGGCUUCGUCAAGCUGUACCCGUACGAGAACAACCACGGAGGGGGGGGGGGACUGCUGCUGCUGCAUGUAAAAUGCGAAAGUGAACGCGCGUGCCAUGGGUGUGCGUUUUGGUUUGUUCACAACAACGGCGGCGGCGCUCGGUCGUCAAGGGGGUCCUCUGUCAUCCGUGCAGGGAUCCUGAUCGCUCCCAGCGGUCGCUCAGGGGUGAGCAUUAGGUUAUCUGGGUAGGGGGGGGGGGUUAGGUGUCCUCUGAGAGAUGGAAACCCCUGGUUUACAAGACGCUCGGUUGGUACGCGAGUGUCCGUUGUGAACACAAGGUUUGGGGUUCAGUCGGGUAGCUUUCUUUUGAGUUUACAAUAAUUGUUUUUUACAUUCGCUUUGGGAAUUUGACUCUUGUUCGUUCCACAAUGCCAUAAUUUUACACUGGAUGUUCGCAGGCAGCGGUUUCCACGCCCGAGCUCAUUUGCAAGACGGAGAUGCCUGUUUGGUUCAAAAGUCAGCAGUCCCGACCCAUCGGCAGCUUGCUGUGGCUGGGUAGAUUUAGCUGAGAGCUGAUGGCGUCACAACGUAAUUGUUGGGGACAUUUACACCUGAACCGUUAAUUUAAGAAUCCUCUUGUGUUGUUCAACUUAAUCGAUACCGUUGCACCAGCGAUCACGUGUAAGGCCAGAGGUUGAAGCCGGUGUUUAAAAGUACAACAUUGCAACAAUGUAUAAACCGUACACGGAAUGAACAUCUCUCCGUGAUGAAACGACGCUAGAGUGUGCAGCAAAAUGCAAAUUUUUGAUUACGCCAAUUUGAAAUAAUUUCUCAACAGAGAUAAUCUUUCGCAUCGGGCCCUCGCCUGGUUCGAUACUGGACGUUGAAUAGACUUGCUAUCGUUUUUUUUUACAAAUGCGUAUAACUGUAAAUGCAGUCUAGUUGAACACGUGGGCUUUCGCGACCAAUAUCCAUCAAAUGUUUUUUUUGUGUGGGUUACAUCGCGUAAAAUAUAAAUGUGUCGUUAAACCCACCACCACCCGACACAGCCAAUUAGUAAGGUUUGUCACGUGAACAAAACGUGCCAAUUACUUACUGGCACAGCACACCAGUGUGUCGGAGAGUAAGCCCACUACAACAUUUACUAUUGGAGUACAGUGAUGUUUCCGCUGGUGAUUACAACAACCAGCUUCAUCAGGCGAUCAGCCAGAAAAAAAGUGAAGAAGUCCUCCUGUUUAGGUCUUUAAGUACAUUUAACGGCACAUUUAUGGUUCACACGAUUUCAACCAAAACAUCUUUAUUAUGGAAAUGCAGCCUAUUCAAAGGGAUGGGAUUGUACUUGUGAAAUGAAAAAAAAUGCAUCUUAGCCUUAUUUAUACCGUAAUCGUUAUCAAAGCAGUGCUGUAUUUGGUGUUGGUGUAUUUGGCAUAUGUCCGGCUGUUCAUAAAUCCACACUAACUAAUACGACAACACUUAAUACCCGCGGGUUCAUUCUUGGAGUGGUCUUAAGGCCCCCCCCCCCCCCCCCCGCAACAUCUCUUAAAUUUCUUUAGCGUGCUUACUUACCUGCCUUUUUGCGGCCAUACAAGUGUUGCCCCCUCUCUCUGCAGCAGCAGCAACAGCAGCAGCGGUAUGCAGCAGCAGCAGGUCUGCUUGGCAGGCAAGACUCGCCGUUUUUGAGGCACAGCAAUGGGAAGAAUUGGAGCACGCGGCGGGAAUACGACAGGAGCCGGCAACGUUAAAAAGAAAUCCCGAUUUCAAAGCAGUAAACAAUUCCAGGACACAACAAAAUGCAGCUGGAAAUUUCCACACCCACCAAACAAAAACUAAGAACGCCGCAGCGUGUUGCAGUUUAAUGAACGCACUUUGGGAUGCAAGACGCAGUUGGCGUUGCGCCCCUAAUGUUCUAAAGGCCGUAACUUGAAUUCCCAUUCGGAGCCCAAACUCCUCUCGGGGACGCAUCCACUUCAUACGAAUCGACGCGGCCGUUCGCUCCGCAUCGCGCUGUGUCGCCUCGACAACCCGAACUUAAUCUCUAAGCAGCAGCAGUAGCUGCAGUAGCUGCUGCCCCUCUUUUUCCGAUUCUCCUGGGGAAAACGACCCCCGGCCAAAUUUGACCGCGUGGUUCACAACCCAUUGCCGAGUGCUCGGCUGGCCCCGCGUCGUCGCUCCGCUGGCCAAGCUUAAGUUGCACACGACUCGUGGUUUUAACGUCGCUCCGCUUGAGUUGCACACGACUCGUGGUUUUAACGUCGCUCGCAACUUGUUGCGCCCAUCCGCUGCUGCCUCUGGGCCGAUCUCGGUGGGAGCGAUGACGACGAUGACGCCACGUGUUUGUCGGCUGGAGUUGUGAACGUGGGAGGAGGAGAGGAGCAGGCUAAACGUUGGUGGUGUGAUGAGUUAAGGAAAACGGUGUUGUGUGUGUAUGUGUGUGUGUGUUUUAAGUUAUUGAUUAUUGUCAAUGCACAGCCUGUAAAACACAAUUGCUCGAUGUUGUGAUGAGCCAAUGCCCGUUCGACCGGUGACCUUAAAGUGUACCAGUGUGCAAAACAAAAUGACCACAUUUGUGAAGUGCUUUCGGGACAGUUUAUCACAUUUACGUACGCGAAGGUAUUCCCAUUGGCGCUGUGCGGAACGUGAACGGGUGGCGUAUUUUAUUUAGGUCGUUCGCUCGCCAUCGCUUAUGUGUUGUUUCCUCACUUUCUCGAGGGCUCGUUCAGCAUCAUUCGGAUUUACAAAAUAAUCCACAGGGUCAAUUUCCCCAUGAUUUGUUGUCCCCUCCCCUCCGCCCCCACCCGCCCCCUUAAAAAGGAGAGUGCAGUAAAAUGUUUGAUUGUCAAGAAAGCGAGUUUAGACCGACGUUUUAAGUGAUGCCGAGAAUUCACUCCAGGUAGGGACUGCGCUUACCCAACCCGGUAAUGUUGCGGUGAGUUUAUGCUGGAGGGAGGGCGAGAGUGGAAAAUAGGUUGUUGGAUGGAGGGGGUGAGGGUCGGGGAAGUUUCUCUUUGAACCAAACUCAUCCACCAGUUCGUCGCUGGUUCGUCACCAAACGCGUGGAGCGUUUUCGCACGUGGCCCGGCACCCAUUUUGUCGAGCGCCAUGGUCCUCUGCUCCGCCUUUACAACGUCACUUCCUGUGACGUGAAACCCCGUGACCCUGUUUGAAUCGCGCGGAGACCGCCCAUGAUGCUUCGUCUCUCCGCGUGGUUCAACUUCCAUCCCACGCCAGUUCCGCGUCUACUGUGACGUUGCAUCGUGACGAGGAGGAGGAGGAGGUGAAGAAGCACUCCCUGGAGAUGCGGAAUAAUUUUAUUGUUUCACAUUUGUGUAGCACAGCAGUGUUGUUUAUGUACAACAAAUACUGUAACAAAAAUUAUUUGUGAUAUUAAAAAACAAUG